AUGACUGCUCUGCAUUACUGUAGACACUUUACGGUGGAGUUUCUGGUCGGAGAGCGGCUGGAGCACCUGAAGCGGAGCCAUCUUGCCCUAGAAGCGGACGAUCUCAUUCCCGAGGACGUGAUGCAGCACGUGUACGGCAAGGAGCCGGAGCGCCAGGUUUCCCGGAUGCUGGGCGUUAAGCAGCCCACGGCAGACGUGGCGGCAGUGCUACUCAAGUACGGAGUGGCAGCCGAACACUUUUGCUACGCUCGAUUCCUCAAACUGAGCAGGAAUCCACCUCCACAUCCCGCGCUAGCGGCCGUUGCCCUUGCGGCAUCGUCCGAGUCAGCCAAGAUUGCGGAAGACAUGGCCAAAGUUGCGGCGGAGUCGGCCCAAAUGGCCGCGGUGUCCGCGAUGGCCUUCGAGGCCGCGGGUCUCUCCGGGGUUUUGUCACCCACGAGUGUUCCUCCUCAGCAGGAGGUAGGUAGCGCUACGUCUGGAAAUGGGAACGAAUCUCACGCAGCAGCGGGUGGAAACGAGGAGGGGUCAAGCGCCGGCGCAUGUCCACCGCCGUCGAGGAGUAGAGAAGAAGAUGGUGGGACAUAGGCUGGAAUGAAGACAUGGUGGUGCUGUGCUGUGGGGUUGUUUUGGAGGCAUCGAGCAAAAGAUAAUAGAGACGGGAUUCGCCGUUGCUUCGGCAGCGGGAGGAUUUCCGUCGCCGGGAUAUGUGGAACACACCACUUGUAGGUGGCUACAUCCCGAGGGCAUUGGCAUGCGUAUCAUUAGAGGAGGCGGAGGUGUGUUAUCUCCAUGGUUCUGUACGAUUCGUUUUUCAGAUGUAUUGUUGUCGUAUGUGCAGACCAAGUCUCUCCUCGCUGUCGAAGGGCGAGACAUCGUACGUGGAGCUUCCAUAUUGCCCCGCUCAUGCACCCCACGUCCACGGUGGAACGGUGCAACGCCCUGCCAAUGGAAUCCACUCCUCGUGGAUAUACCAGGUAUUUGACCGUUCUGCUAGGUCUGGAAUCGGUCAGGGAAAAUUGAAGAGUCGUCACAAUGUGCGGCUUUCGCCCUCGGUGGAAGUGUCGUAUAUCUUAUUACACGACUCGAGGGUGCCUUGAUCCGAGAGAUAGAGGGCGUGUUCAUGGAUGUUUAGCUUGCACCAGCCAAGCUGCGAAGGGUGCCCAAGUUUGAGUUGAUGGCAGCGGCUUAAAGCCCCUCCCCCGAGCUACCUGUGAUUGCCGGACGAGAAAGAAUUGUUCUGUAGCGUAAUGCACAAGUUGCACAACACGUUAUGAUUGGAGAAGACUUCUUUCGUGGCGUGGCGCAGCUAUUCGUCGGGAUGUAGCGACUAGUACCGUUUAUCGUGGCACGGCUCACAUUCGUGGCUUGUCCAGCUUAAGCUCGGGCAACGGCGGCUUCAGUUUUCGUUGCGCCCUACAGGGUGUCGGCGUGGAUUUUGAGCAGGCAGUCGUUCGAAGCCUGGGCACGGUGCUGGGAAGGGGGUGCCUUGGGCUCAGCAGGUGGUUGUGAUGGAAUAGUGCAUGUCCCUUAGCUCUGCACCGAAGCGCCGUGCGUGCGUAUCACUUGAGGUUUCUUGCGUCGGGGCUCUGCGAGCGACAAGAUGUUUGUCGUUACCCAUGAUUUCUAUUGCUAUUAGGCUGUCGAUUCCAGCUGUCGGGUUCGGAAGGUUUGCGGCAAGACAUCUACCUGAAGGCCACCCGCGAACGUCAAAGUGAGGCAGGUCGUGGUACAGCCAGUCGGUCGCGCAUGAGUUAUCCUUAAUGUUUGUCCCUCGAAACAAUACAGAGCAGGUGUACUCUAUCUGAUCGUGGUAAACUGUGCUACUCUUGGUAAAUGCGUCAUUGCGACAGCAAAGUAGGCAGAUGCUUGACACUUUCUGGACGGACUGAAAGGUUGCGAGGUUGUAUCGAUAGCAAAGCUUAAGAAUAGACUAUUUACAAGCUUUGAGCUUGGCACACCCAAGAGAUAAGAGCGGAAUCAGGCGUUUGUGUCUGUUGUGGGGGUGGUUCAUGUGUUGGCCACUAUCAACCGCCCCUGGUCGUGAAGUUACCCCGCUGUUAUUGCUGGACCGCACGAGAUAGGCGCUGUUACGAUCUGUUUAUUUUUCAAGUUGAUGAUACCAGUAUUUGCUUGCGAUCGGGAUACUCUCGCUAGCGUCGUUCACCAGCCAAUUUCUUGUCUGUUUCUUGUGGAUUGGUCGAGCUGUUACUUCGGGACUAGGGUAGGUAGGCGAUAGGCGGUGUUAGUCGUGCUUUCCGUGGACUUGGUGAUAUGAGACGUGGUCGGCUACCCCUCUUGCACACAAGUGGAAUUGGUGGUCAACCCGCUUGGAUCAAUUCAUGCAUUCGAACGAACGCCGACUUGGAUAUUUUUGUCGUUACUGCGGAAGAGAUUAUUGAAUUGCCGUUUUGGGUAUUCGCAUACUCCACACAGUACGCACGAUGUCAACCGCUGAUGAGGUACUCCCUCUGUGUUCUUUGUGAGAUGCCACGUGGCUGAUAAUUCCACUUGGACCGGAGGAUCGCACUUUCUUUGCUCUUUGCACACGAAUUCCCAUUUCUGCACCGACCACCCGGUCGCCCCUGUGGUCUAGUGGUAUCCCGCUAUUCGCAGAGGUCGUGAGUUCGAAUCCCCAUGGGGAGUAAAAUUUACGAAAUAAGCGGGUGAGAGCAACAUAUAGCUGACAAGCUCUCGUGAGUACCAAACUUCGACGUUAGCACCGUUGACGAGGGAAAGGGACGGCUGGACCCUUCUCGCGAUAGAAAAAAAAAUCAGCACGCACCGCACGAGGAAGGU